CAGAAAAGGCGGGGGAGUAGCAUUAUAUAUCAAAAACACGUAUGCCUGCAUAAAAAUCCAAACACAUAUAUUACGGCUUUGGAUGGCUUCAGCAUUCCUCUCAGCCUGCUUUGAGCCAGAAGCAGGGGAGAGUGGGCUUUGCUCGGUAAUCUGCAGACUGCAAUCUCUUUAGCAUGGCACCCUAAAGAGCCGUCUCUGCAUCCAUCUCACGUUUUUGUGUUGCUGCAAAAGAUCCUGAAAGAGUUGGAAAUGUUAUUAUCCUUAUUGGUGUAUAACCAGAGCACUUGUGGGUGUGAGAGAGGUACUAGCAGACUUGGGAUACCCCACAGAUACAUCCUUUUCACAAAGCAAGAAGUUUCCUGCCCUCUUGAGUGUGUGUGUGGGAAAGACAAGAGGAAUCUGUGCACUUUGGAAACCCGAUAGGAGGCAGCAGCUGAUCUUCUCAUCAUCAGCCUAAAAAUAAUCCACUCUGGCUUGUGUCGGCUUCUUCCCGCAGAACAGAUCCCUGUCGUCUGAAUGAGAUUGGUCACCCCAGCAAGAGUGGUGUUUGACAUUUUCAGUGAGGGUGUGUGUGUGUUUGCGAAGUGCAACUGAGCGAGAGGAAGCAAUGAAAGUUGCAUUUUGUGGUGCCGACAACCCUUCUGCCUACGACGUCACUGAUGACGUCUUAAGAAAUGUCUGCUUCCUGGAUGCCCUCAACUUGGUACCUCAUGUUUUCCUCUUAUUUAUCACCUUUCCUAUUUUGUUCAUUGGAUGGGGAAGCCAGAGCUCCAAAGUCCAGAUCCAUCACAACACAUGGCUCCACUUCCCUGGGCACAAUCUACGCUGGAUCCUGACAUUCACCCUCCUCUUCGUGCACGUGUGUGAAAUCGGGGAGGGCAUCGUUUCAGACAUACACUUAAAAUCUCGCCAUCUGCAUCUUUUCCUUCCUGCUAUAAUGGGAUUUGUUGCUGCUACAACAUCUAUAGUUUAUUAUCACAAUAUUGAGACAUCCAAUUUUCCAAAAUUGCUUCUAGCUCUCUUUCUCUAUUGGGUUAUGGCCUUUGUCACCAAAACCAUCAAGUUGGUCAGAUAUUGCCAAGAUGGGAUAUUGUUUCUACAGCUGCGGUUCUGCAUCACCGGGAUCAUGGUUGUGCUCUAUGGGCUGCUAAUGGCGGUGGAGAUCAACGUCAUACGCGUUAGGAGAUAUGUAUUUUUUACAAACCCUCAAAAAGUAAAACCUCCUGAGGACCUUCAAGAUCUGGGCGUACGGUUUCUUCAGCCCUUCGUCAAUUUGCUCUCCAAGGCAACGUACUGGUGGAUGAACACGCUUAUCAUCACUGCUCACAAGAAACCAAUUGACCUGAAAGUGAUUGGAAAGCUACCGAUAGCAAUGCGAGCCCUUACAAACUACGUCUGCUUGAAAGAUGCCUACGAGGAGCAAAAGAAAAAAGUGGCUGACCAUCCAAAUCGUGUCCCUUCCAUUUGGCUAGCCAUGUACAGUGCUUUUGGGCGGCCUAUCCUUCUCAGCAGCACCUUCCGCUACUUGGCCGACCUUCUGGGGUUUGCUGGACCACUCUGCAUUUCUGGCAUUGUUCAUAGUUUCUCCAAUGAUAACCAUACCGGCUACAGCCCAAACAUCAAUAACCUGAAUUCCACAGAGCCAUACCUCACCUCGAGUGACUUCCUCAAAACUUCUUACGUCCUGGCAGUUCUCCUCUUCUUGGCCCUCAUCCUGCAGAGGACAUUUCUUCAGGCCUCCUAUUAUGUUACCAUAGAAACAGGCAUCAACCUACGAGGAGCUUUACUGGCAAUGAUCUACAAUAAAAUGCUGAGGCUCUCCACCUCCAACUUAUCCAUGGGAGAAAUGACCUUGGGACAGAUCAAUAACCUGGUUGCCAUAGAAACAAAUCAACUCAUGUGGUUCUUGUUCCUGUGCCCCAACCUAUGGGCUAUGCCCGUUCAGAUCAUCAUGGGAGUGAUCCUGCUCUACUAUUUACUUGACCGAAGUGCCCUGGUUGGAGCUGCUGUUAUUGUCCUGCUGGCUCCAAUACAGUAUUUCAUAGCAACAAAGUUGGCAGAAGCUCAGAAGAGCACGCUUGAUUAUUCUACAGAGAGGCUGAAGAAAACCAAUGAAAUACUAAAAGGCAUCAAACUGUUGAAGUUGUAUGCUUGGGAGCACAUCUUCUGUAGAAAUGUGGAGGAAACGAGAAUGAAGGAGCUCAUCAGCCUCAAAACCUUUGCACUUUACACUUCUCUUUCCAUUUUUAUGAAUGCAGCGAUACCAAUUGCAGCUGUGCUUGCGACCUUUUUGACCUACACAUAUAUUGAAUCUAAACAACUCACAACAGCCCAAGCCUUUGCUUCACUCUCCCUGUUCCACAUCCUGGUCACUCCACUCUUCCUGCUCUCCACUGUGGUUCGAUUCGCUGUCAAGGCCUUCAUAAGUGUUCAAAAAUUAAAUGAAUUUCUCAUAAGUGAUGAGAUUGGAGAUGACAGCUGGAGGAACGGUGACAGUGCCUUAGCGUAUGAGUCUUGUAAGAAGCACGCCGGACUUCAUUCCAAAGCCAUAAACCGGAAGCAGCCCUUGAGAUAUCAGCUGGACACCUGUGAGCAGACCCUGAGGGUCCCAACCCGCCACAUGGGCUUUGAUGAUUGUGCCAUUAGGGUAACCAAUGGAUACUUUUCAUGGGGAAGUGGUUUAGCUACAUUAUCCAAUAUUGAUAUUCGAAUCCCAACAGGCCAAAUGACCAUGAUUGUGGGUCAAGUUGGCUGUGGUAAAUCUUCUCUCCUUCUUGCUAUCCUCGGUGAGAUGCAAAACCUGGAAGGCAAAGUUCGUUGGAGCCGACUGUCUGACAGAGAGGCGAUUGAAGGAGAAUACCUCAGUGUAAAUGAAACUGAGUCUUCUUUUGAAGCAAGUCGGAGGAACCGAUACUCAGUGGCGUAUGCAGCCCAGAAGCCCUGGCUUCUGAAUGCUACCGUGGAGGAAAACAUAAUCUUUGGGAGUCCAUUUAAUAAACAGAGGUACAAAGCUGUCACAGAUGCAUGUUCUCUGCAACCUGAUAUUGACCUCUUGCCGUUUGGGGAUCAGACGGAAAUUGGAGAAAGGGGAAUUAACUUGAGCGGAGGCCAACGUCAACGCAUCUGCGUCGCCCGAGCCCUCUACCAAAACACCAACAUCGUCUUCCUGGAUGACCCAUUUUCUGCUUUGGAUAUUCAUCUGAGUGAUCACCUCAUGCAAGAAGGUAUCCUGAAAUUUCUCAAGGAUGAUAAAAGAACGCUCGUAUUAGUGACUCAUAAGUUGCAAUACCUGCCACAUGCUGACUGGAUCAUUGCCAUGAAGGAUGGAACUGUGCUUAGAGAAGGGACCCUGAAGGACAUCCAGACAAAUGAUGUUGAGCUGUAUGAACAUUGGAAGACCCUAAUGAAUCGUCAAGACCAGGAAUUAGAAAAGGAUAUGGAAGCUGACCAGACCACUCUGGAAAGAAAGACUCUCCGAAGAGCAAUGUAUCCAAGAGAAUCCAAAUUACAGCUGGAGGAUGAGGAUGAAGAGGAAGAAGAGGAGGAAGAUGAAGAUGAAGAUGAUAACAUGUCGACCGUCAUGCGAUUCAGGACAAAGAUGCCAUGGAAGACCUGCUGGCGAUAUCUCACCUCAGGGGGGUUUCUCCUGCUCUUUCUUAUGAUCUUCUCUAAACUCUUGAAGCAUUCGGUCAUGGUCGGCAUUGAUUAUUGGCUGGCACAGUGGACAUCGAUGGACAAAAAUGCGACCAUGUGUUCCAUAGGAGAUGCAUUUGACAGAAAGACUUGUUACGUGGCAGUGUUCAGCAUCCUUAGCGGCGCAGGGAUUGUCCUUUGCCUCGUCACAUCCCUGACUGUUGAAUGGAUGGGACUCACAGCAGCUAAGAACCUUCACCACAAUCUCCUCAACAAGAUCAUCCUCGGGCCAAUUAGAUUCUUUGAUACUACACCUGUGGGACUGAUUCUCAACCGUUUUUCUGCUGAUACAAACAUUAUUGAUCAGCAUAUCCCUCCGACUUUGGAGUCCCUCUCGCGAUCUAUCUUACUCUGUCUGUCUGCCAUUGGGAUGAUUUCCUACGCCACUCCGCCAUUUCUUGUCGCUCUAGUGCCCCUUGGGAUAGCCUUUUAUUUCAUCCAGAAAUACUUUCGAGUUGCAUCCAAGGACCUUCAGGAGCUUGAUGACAGCACCCAGCUGCCGCUUCUCUGCCACUUUUCUGAAACCGCAGAAGGCCUCACCACCAUCAGGGCGUUCAGGCACGAAGCCAGAUUUAAGCAGCGUAUGCUGGAACUGACGGACACAAACAAUAUCGCAUACUUGUUUCUCUCAGCUGCCAACAGAUGGCUGGAGGUCAGAACGGAUUAUUUGGGCGCUUUCAUUGUUCUCACGGCGGCUGUGGCCUCCAUUUCUCAAGGGUCCACUUCUGGCCUCGUGGGCUUGGGUCUCCUCUAUGCCUUGACGAUCACAAACUAUUUGAACUGGGUGGUGAGAAAUCUAGCAGACCUGGAGGUACAAAUGGGUGCAGUGAAGAAAGUGAACAGUUUUCUCAGCAUGGAGUCCGAGAACUAUGACGGCACCAUGGACGUCUCUCAGGUCCCCAAGGACUGGCCACAAGAAGGGGAAAUCAAGAUUGAGGAUCUGUGUGUCCGAUAUGAAAACAACCUGAAGCCAGUUCUCAAGCAUGUCAAAGCUUACAUCAAACCAGGGCAGAAGGUAGGGAUCUGUGGUCGCACUGGCAGUGGCAAAUCAUCGUUGUCUUUGGCUUUCUUCAGAAUGGUGGACAUAUUUGAUGGAAGGAUUGUGAUCGAUGGGAUCGACAUUUCAAAGCUGCCCCUCCACACGCUGCGCUCCAGGCUCUCCAUAAUUCUUCAGGACCCCAUAUUGUUCAGCGGCUCCAUUCGCUUUAAUCUGGAUCCAGAGUGCAAAUGUACAGAUGAUACGCUGUGGGAAGCUCUGGAGAUCGCCCAGCUGAAGAACAUGGUCAAAUCAUUGCCAGGCGGUUUAGAUGCUGUGGUAACUGAAGGAGGAGAGAACUUCAGUGUAGGCCAGAGACAGCUCUUCUGCUUGGCCAGAGCCUUCGUACGGAAGAGCAGCAUCCUCAUCAUGGAUGAAGCCACAGCCUCAAUUGAUAUGGCCACAGAAAACAUCUUGCAGAAGGUUGUGAUGACGGCCUUUGCAGACCGCACUGUUGUAAUAAUAGCGCAUCGGGUCCACACCAUCUUGACUGCAGACCUGGUCAUUGUGAUGAAACGAGGGAUCAUUCUGGAAUACGAUACUCCCGAGAAUCUCCUCGCUCAGGAAGACGGCAUCUUUGCCUCUUUUGUUCGGGCUGACAUGUGAAAGAGCAUGUUCUUUCCUUGACUUUUUAACAACUGUUUUUUCAACAUAUUAAAAGAGAAAGAGAAAGAGAGAGAAGCUUUUCUAUAUAAUGUAGCGGCACUGCAAACUUUGCCAAGGAGUUUUUGCAUUUGUAACUUUUAUAAAAAUUAAAACCUAUUAUGUAUGCUUCAAAGCAAUAAAUCCUUCUUCCCCAAAGUUUAGAAAAUCUCUCUGUAUGUUUUCCUAAACAAUUCAGUCCCUUGGCGUAAUGAGAGUUGGCAUUUUCUGGACGUAUUAAGAGCUGAGAUUUCCCAUUCUGAUGAGCAAAAGGAUUUACUGCAUUUGGCAUGGCAGUGGAAAUACUGGAUGGAGUUAUUCGCAGAUGGAUAAAGGCCAUAAAGACUUUCCAUCUGGGGGAAGGGGAAAGGGAUGGGUGCAAUUCAGGAUAGGUUGGUUGCUACUACCUCCUGUGGAAAGCAAUAGAAUAGGGCAUGCAGCCUGAGCCUAGGCAUGUUUCAUCAGAAGUAUGUCUCUGUAUAUUCAGUGGCGUGUACCCCUAAGGAGAGAGGGGCGAGCACCCACUUCUUUAGUCCCCAAAUAAACUGAGCUUCUUGAA